AUGUCUAGAUCAUUUUACGUAGAUUCUUUAAUUAUUAAAGACUCCAGUAGACCUGUUCCAGCUCUACCUGACCACCAUCACCACCACCAUCACCACCAUCAUGGGCAAGACUUUCUUCUGCCCAUCAGCAUGCCUUCACCUACAGUCAUGUCUGUAUCAGCACCGGUGUGUCAUUCCAGGAAAAGUGGCAGCUUCUGUGUCUGUCCCAUCUGUGUCUCUUCUCACCUGCACACAUCCAGAACCAACAUCCCUUUACUCAAGAGCCAGUUCCCAACAGGAGACACCCAAUACUGCCAGCGUAUGAAUCAACUGCCAAGUUCAGCCAUGGCUCACCCGGGACACGCACCUGUCUGCAGUCCAACGUACAACGUUACGGACCCAAGGAGAUUCCACUGCCUCUCAAUGGGUAAGACAGCUUAGCAGCAAGUUCUUCAUUGUAACUAAUAGUAUUUGCUUCACCAUGAAAAAAAAAACUAUGUCUAUGCUGUGUUUGCCCUUUUUUUUUCUUAUUUUGUAAAAGUAUGCUCCAGCAUCAAUGUGACAUGUUCUUAGCUGCAUUAAAUAGGAUUAUCCAUGCAGAACAAAAGUUUCUAAAGCAUACACACAGUUACAGAAAAUAAAUACUGCUGCAUAGAUUUAAUAAUAUCCUGUUAGUGAGCAGAAUUUGGAAAUAAUGUAUGGAUAUUAUUUGACUGUGGGUAACAUACACUAGAUUGUCAGUUUAACCGUGGGAGUGCUGUAGAAGUAUAUGAUUAAUUCGCUGGCCUAUUGCCUUAAGCAAUUGCUACAUUUUGACUUAUAUUCUAAAUAAAAUUGGAAUUUUUGCCAAAGCAGUUUCAUAUGUUCUCUGUGUGUGCAAGGCAUUCUUUACAGUUCUGAAUGCUUUUUUUUUUGUUUGUUUUGUUUAUUAUUUUUACUGAUAGUUUUUAGAGUAUUUUAUAAAUUUAUUAUCCAGCUGUUAUUGAUCAUUUUUUGUUUAACCAUUACUUCUUUUUUUAAAUUAUUAUUAUUAUUUCUAGGGAGCCCUGACAAUAGUCAGAUGCAAAAUGGCAAAAGAAUGAGGACAGCUUUUACCAGCAGUCAACUUCUGGAGCUGGAGAGGGAGUUCUCCUCCAACAUGUACCUCUCCAGGCUGAGAAGGAUUGAGAUAGCCACCUACCUGAGCUUAUCAGAGAAGCAGGUCAAGAUCUGGUUUCAGAACAGGAGGGUGAAACAUAAGAAAGAAAAUAAGGGUUCUCAGAGGAACACGCAUGGAGGAUGCAAGUGUGCUGGCAGCCAGGGACAUUACCCCAGAUCUGAGGAUGAAGACUCUCUAUCCCCAGCUUCCACCAGUGAGGACAAGGAAAUCUCCCCAUUAUAGACUGAUAGACUGCUCUACCCUUUCUGUUGGCUGUAUAACGUUGAACUCUAUAAAUAAAUAGUACAUAUAUGUAUAUAUACACAUACUAUAACUCCCUAAAUUUUCUAUAUAUGUGUAUAUAUAUAUAUAUAUAUAUAUAUAAAACUUAGAGGGUCAAAUUACAAAAUGGAAGACUAACCACUCCCCCCUUCAUAAAGCACAUUUUAUGUGAGGUACAUGGGUUACAUACUAUAUUAUGGUAUGGGAUCCAGUACAGCAACAGAAUGUAGAUACAUGUUUGGAAUAAAAAAAUGUACAGGAUAUAUUUUCAUUCCCUGUAAAUAUUGUUUGUAUUUGGGACAAUGAAGAGUUUAGACAGAUUAUUUUAGGAAUGAAUCCUACUAUAGGGAUAUGUAAAUAGAUCAGUGUUUGUAAGAUCACCUGCAUGUGAAUAGUUUUAUACAAAGUUAUAUUUAUAUUUAUUUAAAUAAAGACACGAUAGAAGCAGUGCUUGUUUUCUUUGAUUAAUUUGUAAAUGUCUCAAAGUUUUGAUCUCAGUACAUUGAUUUUCCCAAAUGUAUUUAUGGAUACCUUUCCUCUACAAAUUUAAAUAUGCACUUAGUACAGUCAGACGAUACAUAUUAUUAACCAUUUGGCAUUUACUAACCAUAUAACGAUUUAUUAACCAUGUAAGUGUCUCCAUAUCAGUUAAUCGGUAAUCGUUUCGGUGAAGUGCGGGCGAAUAUUGGUUUAAAAAAACAGUUUCUUUUCUGUAUUCCACAUUAUUUAGCUUUAAUAUACACUAUCAGCGAUAAAUGCCAAUUAUAGUCUGAAAGAAAUAUGUUCGGUAAAAAAAAGGAAUAAUUAAAAAAACAUAGAGCCGACAAAUAAAUAUCCUUAUGAACUCCUCCUGUUAAAACAACGGUGCGGACUACGCUGGAACAAUAUAAAGUAUAAUGCACAUUGACAUUAAUAAUAGAUCACUGUUUUUAAAAUGGAAAAUAAAAACUAGCCAGCUAUCGAUCUAACACAGGAAUGAUGACUCUGUAGCUUUAAAAAUUGAAAGAAAACGGAAAUUUAGUAGUUAAAUAUAUUAAUAGGUCAUGUAUUCGUAAUUGUAAUCUGGUUAACAGAGUUACGGUAAAUAGGAACAAGAUGCAUUUUGGAUAUCGUCCUCAUGAAAUUGACAUUUACUAGCAAGGAACGCCCCAGUAUUUUGUGCUACCCCGUUUAUUAGCCCUAUAUCCAGUGCCCAUGAUGUGCUAAGAAGAAAAUUUGAAAUGAUACAUAAAGUGCAAUUCUGGGGCAAAGUUAUAAAGGUGCCGCAAACGGUAACGUUCUAUUGGUUUCCAUGGUGACUGCACGUUUUUAGAGCUCUGUCCCAGAUUUGUUCAUUAUAAACAUCUCAAUUUGUUAAAAUAUAUAGGAUUGAAAAGUAUUUCUCUGGUGAUUUAAGGAACAUUAAUAACUCCAAGCCCACAUUAUACACAGCUCUGCCCUCCAGUCUGCUUACCUUCUAAUUCCAUAGCUAUUGGGGAGAAUGUAAUUAUGGGGAAUACGGUCUAUACGGUGAAUUCACACUGAAUACCCAGAUAUUAAAAUAAAGAGUAUUUUGUGAUUAAAAACUGAGCAAUCACCAUAGAAGCCAGUGGAAUGCCCCUGCAGAUGUCUACACUGUCAGCACACAUCAACAUAGCUAUUUAUGAAUGAUCUCAGCUCAUAUUUGCUCUUUAUACAAUAAAGAUGGUUUACAGUAGCUAAUUCAGGAAAAAAAAUCAUCUGAUGCAAUCCAGACUUUCAAAACUAGAUACAUUCUGGAUUUAUAAACGACUUCCUGCUUCCAGCACAAGGAUUCCUCUCACCUCUGUGGACAGAGCCACUCAGAAAUCAUUCUACAGGAAUGGAAUGGCAAAUUCUGUCUGACAAUGAGGUUUUAUUGUGCCAGAUAUCCAAUCCAUAAUAUAUUAUCUUGAACCAUAGUGUACCUCACAAGGGGAUAUGGGAUAGGACUCCUUGCUAUAUGAGAGCAGGACUUGGGGAAUCCUGAAUUAAUUAUAUUAUAUCCAACCUGGCACACUUAAGAUUUGUGGGAUUCGAGGGAAUUAUUUCUUAUUUCAAAUCUCCAAUUAUAAUGAGAUUAUUGUCCAAUCCCACAGCAAGGAGUGUGGACUCAGGAAUGUAGAACGUUCUGUGCAGACCUGAUUCACCCUCACCUCUGGCAAUUGUAUGAGGAGAUUGGGAGAGUCACUUGGUAGAAGGGGUCCACUCCUAGGAACUGCCUUUAUCUCAUGGAUGGAGAUAGGGCGAGUUAUCUACAGCUUGUGCUCUGAUCUCAGGGAUCCACAUUGUGUUUUGAAUCCCCUCUAUCUCCCAAAAAAGGUCAAUAUAAAGGUGUCUAGUCCAGUCCCUCUCAUGGGACUCUAUCCAUGGAAAUAUCGCCUAUCCUCACUGCAGUUCAGGUUCAGUUUAAGAUGUUACCUCCUAACUAUGCAGUUCUGUGCAUUCAGAGUAUAAUAAACUAUUCUCUCAAUAAUGCCUGGGUGAAUUGUGCAGUUACAGGUGAUGUUCUACAGAUGGUGAAAUGAUGAGUUCUCUUGCACUGCAUGUUGUUUGUGAGCUGAGUGGAACAUGCAUAUUCACAUAUAUUUACAGUACCAGGGUUUGCCAGACUUGUCACCUCUAUAGGUUUAACCCCUUAAGGACCAAACUUCUGUAAUAAAAGGGAAUCGUGACAUGUCACACAUGUCAUGUGUCCUUAAGGGGUUACAGGUUUUAAUAGGAACUCCACCCAUCUGCCUUUAUAUUAGGGUGGCAGUUUUAUAUAAUGAUUAGAUCAGCCUAAAUAUGGCUGGGAUUAUUUUCCUUUGAUAUUUUAUAAAGAUUUCAUCUUAAUAUACUGAAAUCUCAAUAAAGAAUCCACAUGCGAUGUUCAAUAGUGGAUUGAACUUCAUAGUAACCAGAUUAGUAAAUUAACAGGAAAUGAAAAUCCACUCAAAAUCCUAAAAAUGCAGUUUUGUUUUUUUUUGGUUCCCAUCUUUUGUGCAGAGAGCAGUAUGUAUUAAAAGUCCCUAUAGGCUGCACAUGCCCUCACCAUCUCUAGCCCUUUUUAGUGUCUGCUAUUUAUUUGAAAGCUCUAUAGACAGACAUUGAUAUGAAUAGCUAGGAGAGGGUCUUUCUCUUAGAGGGCAGGGUUCAGGGGGAUGCAACAAAAACAGCCAAAUUAAAUGAGGGAUUGGAGAAAGUGUCUGAGGCAGAGGGUUCAAGCUGUGGAGAUAUUGAUCUGAACUGAAUAACCUUACAUGCUUAAGCCUGAUCUACUAGGCAAUAGAGUGACUAAAUGCGGGUAUUGAAAUACAGGAAUAAUAUAAUGACAUUUUAAAGUAAGAAACUGUCUUGAAAUUAAUUUACACAAUUAACUGAUACAACUGGUCUUAUUUGUGCUGUUAGUGCCCAUGGGACUCGGCAGUAUUAGUGUUGCAAAGAGCCAACAUGUUCUACAACACUGUACAAAAAAUGUUCUCUGGCAUUAGCACUGUUAGUGCCAUAAAGGCUGGUAACUACUUGGAACCUUAUUGGUGAUGGAGAAGGUAGGAGCACAUGAAAAUCAUGGAAGUUUUCUAAUUACCCACAAAACAAAAUAGAAUGUGGGUAUGGGGUAAUCAAUUCAAAGGUUCCUGGUGGAUAAUGGGGGCCUGUGUCUCCUGUACAAUUAUAAGACCCUCAUUUCAUCACACAGUGGAUCAGACACCAACAAGGGUAUCCAUAGUUCAUUGUAUAGCUAUAACCUUAGUUGUAUCUUUCCAUCAUUAGUGUGUGAGUAGUGCUAGGAAGACCAUUGCUCACACGUUCACUGGGACCCUCUCAUUAAUUCAAGGGCAGAGGUGGCUCUAGACUUUAUGAGGCCUUAGGAAGAAACUCAAACAUGAGGCCCCCCUAACAAAAAGGUGAAAAAAAUAGAGUUGCAAUACAUGCACACUGUCACAUAUACACAUUGAUGCACAGUUUACCAGUGUAUGUGCCUGAGAGUGUGUCUGACAGAGAGUAUCCUUAUUUGUGUGAAUGUAUGUCUCUGUGAGCAUGUUUGCAUUUUUGUCUGGGACUGUAUGUGUAUGGGGUAGCUGCUUGAAGUGUGUUGUGCGUAUGGGGGUCUGCCUGUAGCCUUUGUGUAUUGUGUUUAUGGCAAAGCUAUGUUUCCUGCCUGUGUGUGUAUGAUGAAUGUCUUCAGCUGGUGACUGUGACAAGGUGACUAAAGGGGUACCAGUGGCAGGGAGAGUAUGACAGGGCGAAGGGGGUAAAUGUGACAGGGUGAGUGUGGCAGAGUGAGGGCAG